AGGACACAAAUCACUCCCGUUUGAACAAGGGGAACAGCGAGGGAGCUGUCUCCACAAGGGUCCACCUCUCCUGGUUGAUUUCAUAUAGCUCAUUCAUGUGAUUUGAUCAGAGAAUACUCUUUGUGGAGAAAGACAGGAAAGGAAAGGAGGAGAAAAUAAAGAGAAAAAAGUCUCUGGAUGAUGACAUUUGAUCUAACCCUCAGCGAAGCCCGUUCUUGAUCCUAUUGUUUCUUAAAGUGACAUUAGACUUUUUUUUUUUGCGCACGGUAGACCAAAGGGACCUCCAAGUCUAAUCUUGCAGUUUUUGUUUGUUUGAUUAUUGUUGCACGGUGUUCCCAAACCUGGAUGUUGACAUCUCGCGUUUCUUUUGGCACGUCUCUCUAUUUUCUGUUUCAGAGAGGAAGCGCUAAUAGAGACAAACGCGGUGACACCUGCUCACCCAUACACUUCUCACUGUCUUUUUUAACGGAGCGAUCAAAAGAAGCAAGCAUCGACUGAGACGGUGACAGGAGUCUGUUUUCAUGUUCGGGAUUCAAGACAGCAUUCAAAGGAGCGGGAGUAGUAUGAAAGAGGAGCCCAUCGGUGCCGGGAUGAACGCUGUCCGGACAUGGAUGCAGGGUGCCGGGGUGUUGGAUGCGAACACAGCCGCUCAGAGUGGAGUGGGUCUUGCUCGAGCGCACUUUGAGAAACAGCCUCCUUCAAAUCUUCGCAAAUCCAACUUCUUCCACUUCGUUUUAGCGCUAUACGACAGACAAGGACAACCCGUGGAAAUUGAAAGAACUACUUUUAUUGGAUUUGUUGAAAAAGAAAAGGAAAGUACCGGAGAAAAGACAAACAAUGGGAUCCAUUACAGAUUGCAGCUUCUUUACAGCAACGGCAUCAGAACAGAACAGGACUUUUAUGUACGCCUUAUACCUUCUCUUGUUCAUCAGGCAAUUAUCUAUGAAGGGCAAGACAAAAACCCAGAGAUGUGCCGGGUCCUGUUGACGCACGAGAUCAUGUGCAGUCGCUGCUGUGACAAGAAAAGUUGUGGCAAUCGUAAUGAGACGCCCUCCGACCCAGUCAUCAUCGACAGGUUUUUCCUGAAAUUCUUCCUCAAGUGCAACCAGAACUGCCUAAAGAAUGCAGGGAACCCAAGAGACAUGCGGCGAUUUCAGGUGGUGGUGUCCACAACGGUCAGUGUGGACGGACAUGUCCUGGCUGUGUCUGAUAACAUGUUUGUACACAAUAACUCUAAACAUGGACGCAGAGCUCGCAGGCUGGACCCGUCUGAAGGCACUCCGUCAUACCUGGAACACGCUACUCCUUGCAUUAAGGCCAUCAGUCCCAGUGAAGGCUGGACAACAGGGGGUGCCACAGUCAUCAUCAUUGGUGAUAACUUCUUUGACGGCCUACAGGUCAUUUUUGGCACCAUGCUGGUCUGGAGUGAGCUCAUUACCCCUCACGCCAUUCGAGUGCAGACUCCUCCCAGACACAUUCCCGGGGUUGUGGAAGUCACUCUGUCCUACAAGUCAAAGCAGUUCUGCAAAGGUACACCAGGCAGAUUUAUCUACACAGCACUGAAUGAACCCACAAUUGACUAUGGUUUCCAGCGGCUACAGAAGGUGAUCCCUAGACACCCAGGCGACCCUGAGCGCUUACCAAAGGAGGUGAUUCUUAAGAGGGCAGCAGAUCUGGUGGAAGCUCUGUAUGGGAUGCCACACAAUAAUCAGGAGAUCAUUCUGAAAAGAGCAGCAGAUAUCGCAGAGGCACUCUACAAUGUCCCACGUGGACACAACCAGCUGCCAGGUCUGGCUAACAGCUCAGUUCAUGCAGGCAUGAUGGGAGUCAACUCCUUCCACAGCCAGCUCGCUGUCAAUGUCUCUGAGUCCACACAAGGAGCCAAUCAGGGUUUCAGUCGAAACACAAGCAGUGUGUCCCCUCACGGUUAUGUACCCAGCACGACACCCCAGCAGAGUAGCUACAGUAGCGUCUCUACCAAUAUGAAUGGAUACGGCAACACAGGCAUGACCACGCUGGGAGGGUCGCCCAACUUCCUCAAUGGCUCUGCUGCCAACUCUCCUUAUGCCAUUGUUCCUUCCAGUCCCACCAUGGCCUCCUCCACCAGUCUUCCCUCCAACUGCAGCAGUUCCUCAGGCAUCUUCUCUUUCUCUCCGGCCAACAUGGUGUCUGCAGUCAAACAGAAGAGCGCUUUUGCUCCCGUUGUGCGGCCCCAGGCCUCGCCACCUCCUACCUGCACCAGUGCCAAUGGAAACGGCCUCCAAGUGAUCCCAGGGAUGAUUGUUCCUCCCAUGUAGGGGCUCCUGGGCUGAAGAGACACAUUUGAUUUCAGCUCUCAUUAGAGAUUCUACGCUCUGAGCUGAAGGCAAUUUCUGGUGCAGGAGAAAUGAAAACUGAACUUUUAAAACUCAGGCCUUUUGACAAAGGAAUCUCAUUUUAUGGGAAGAAAGUAUAUGUUUGUUUUUGUUUUUAAGCUAAUUUCUGGACUGCUCUACUGAAGGACUCCCCUCCCCAUGUUUUGCCCAUGCAGAAAGGAGAGAUGGAUCUCCUUUUCAUUUUAUUCAUGGGCUUUUUUGAUGAAUUUAAUGAUCACAUGCCUUUUUUUACAGACUGUAUCACACAAACAUGACACUUUAGGAGCAGGUGCAUCCCUAAUGUUGCAGUUACGGGGCAACAGCACAGAUCUCUGUUAAUACUGACCAGUUUUUAUAUGAACAGACACAUUCGCUGAAAAUCCAAAUGAGAAUAUUUAGGCCAAUUGUUUGAAUACAGAGAAGAAGAAGGGAGGGUUUUUUGUCCCAGAGAGAAGCCAACAAAUAGUUUGCCAUAAUGUUGUUUGUUUUCGUACAAAGUGAAAUUGUAGCGCCAUACUCACUUCCCUAUAAUUUCUUUUUGUUUUUGUUUUUUUAUGAAGCAUCUGGGUACCAGCUGGUUUGAAUGGCUAUGAUGUAAGAAAGUUAUUUAAGAGUUAUUAAACGCUGUCAUGCUGUAAUUUUUCAAUGUCCAGAUUCAUCCUCAAAGAGAAGAAAAAGCACCCCAGUUUCCACAACAAAUCAGUAUUUAUGUUCAUGCAAAUAUUUGCUGCUAAAUAGAGCAGAGAUAUGCAGUAAACAGUUGGACUGAAGGAAAGAGCCCUCAGUUGCAAUGCCAUUUAAUAAAAAAAAAUAAAAACUUUUGAAUUUUAUGUGUGCUCAAGGAAUGUGAGGAUUUGUUUUUGCUUUUAAUUAAAAUGUUUGCUUUGUCUAUGAAAAAUGAAACUGUG